CUAGGUGGCGCUCACUGCGUUCACGCGUCCAAAGAGAAAAGGAGGAACGCCGGUCGCAGUCCAUCCAUUCAUCGGUUUCAUGUCUCGCGUGUUUUAUCAUUCUCAUUAUUGCCCUCUCAUUUGUCAUUUCUCCAUGCUGACGGUCGUGCCGUACCGUAACGUACCAGUAGUACCCAAAUGACGGAGCCGGCUCUUGAAGAAACCGUCUCCGUUGCAUACAGUUACCAAACUGUGAAUCGCGUGCCAACAAAGCUUCUUAUGGUUGGAACUUCCAGACUCGACACAGACUGCAUAUCUCCAAUCCUUAUCCUUAUUCCAGGAAACCCGGGCAUUAUUGACUACUAUGAAGAAUUUCUCAAGGAAAUUUACCAGGCAUUUGGCGGGGCUGUCCAUGUGUGCGGAAUAUCACACGCAGGCCACAAUGAACUGCCCUGUACAUUAUCUUUUCCCGAUUUUUCAGCAAAUCCAGAGCUCUAUGGGCUAGACGGCCAGAUACAGCACAAGCUCAGCUUCCUCGACGAAAACAUACCUGUGACCCGACCCAUACUUUUAGCUGGACAUUCCAUAGGAGCAUAUAUGAUACUUCAGAUUAUGGAGAAAAGACCACAAAUGCGUAUUGUACAUUCAUUUCUGCUGUUCCCUGUGUUCGAGCGACUUUCCAAGACACCGAAUGCCCAGUCAUUGUUUGGUCGUCCCACACUGUUGAAGGUUGGACUAUGGAUGGCAGCGCACUUGCUCAUGGUGAUUCCGGCACUGCUGAAAGCCCUCUUUGUAAAGUAUUAUUUUUGUGACCUCCCAAACAAACACAGAACUUGUGCUGAACAGGCGACAUUAGUUUUUCUUGCUCCUGCUGUCUUCAACUUGGUCUUCUUCAUGGCUUUUCAAGAGAUAGAUCAGGUACAGGAACGCAAUAAUGAAGCGAUACGGACAUACCUGCCGCGUUUGACUUUCUACUACGGGUCCAGCGACAUGUGGUGCCCCAAACAAUUUUACGUGGACAUGAAGGAAGCAUUUCCCAGUGCCGACCUGCAUAUGUGUACACAUAAUCUCAAGCACGCUUUUGUGCUAGGAGAGACUAGGGUGUUGUCAGCGUUUGUAGCCAGCAAAAUGAAAGAUGUGUUACGCUUACCAUAAUGUUGUCAUAUAUUUCGAAGCUCAUUUUUAAUAGCAUAUUUUUAUGCGCUCUAGUACAGUUUUUGUUCAAGAUAUUGUUUUUUAAUUUGAAAUUACAAUUCGUUCAAUACUCGCAUUUUGCUUGCAGAAAGCUCCAAUUCAAGGAGCUUCAUACAUAUAAUCACAAAGUGCAACGAAAAAUAUGACAAAAGUCAAGAGGCGGUUGCAUGAAAUGGUCCUGCUGCUUGCCAAAAAAGUAGUAUAGAAUUG